CUAGAAUCGUAAGAGCUGUUGUGAGUGUGAGUCUUGAGUGUGGAGCCUGCAAGUCUGUGACAUGAGUGUGAGUGUCUGAUGGAUGAUCGACGGACGGACAUGAGCCAGCCAGCCAUCUCCCACAUCCGCGCGCAUCAUCCAUCCACUCACGACUCACCAUUGCCGAGAACCUUCGCGCUCAACACCCCCAAGCAAGCACCGUCCAAUUACGUGGCACAUCCGCGUGAUCCGGCCCCCACUCCAACGACUUGUUCCAACUCUUUUGACUUGAUACAGGACAGUCGCAUGCAGCAAGCCCCCCGAUCGCUGGCUCGCUUGCUCACAGCGUCCACAAGCACGCUUGCACGAUCGCCCAGCAUCAUCAUCAGCAUCGGCAUCGGCAGUGGCCACGAUGGGUGCGCAAAAUUCAAAGCCGGGAGUAAAGGUGACCCCGCAAGAUCGGGCCAUCCUCGAUCUCAAAUUGCAAAGAGAUAAGGUCAAGCAGUAUCAAAAGAAGCUGCAAUCCGUGCUGGAUCUGGAGAGCAGGUUGGCCAAACAGGCCUUGCAAAAGGGAGACAAGGAGAGGGCACGAACCGCUUUGAGGCGGCGCAAAUGGCAGCAAGGCAUGAUCGAAAAGACGGAUGGGCAAUUGGAAACGCUUCAGGGAUUGGUAUCGUCGAUUGAAUUCUCGCAAAUACAAGCGUCGGUCAUGCAUGGCUUGCAACAAGGCAAUGCGGUGCUCAAGGAAAUUCAUAAAGAGCUCAACAUCGAUUCGGUGGAAAGGUUGAUGGGGGAGACGCAAGAGGCCGUCGCAUAUCAAAAGGCGAUUGACGAAAUGUUGACGAGCCGCAUGACGGCAGAGGAGGAAGAGGCUGUGGCGAGGGAGAUGGAAGCGCUAGAAGCUGAAGCUAGAGCAGAGGAUCUUCGAAGCUUGCCCGAUGCUUCAAAGGAGGCACAGGAGCAUGUCGAAUUGCCAAAUGUGCCCACUGUGGAGCCUGUACACUCUGGAGGGCAGAGGCAGGAUGCUGGAGCAGAGGCGGAGGCGGAAGAGUCGGAGGAGAGGGUACCGGUGCUUGCUUGAGUAAGAAGGCAACGUCGAGCAAAGAUCGCCACGAGCAAAAGACUCGAGACUCUUGCGGAACGCGGGCACGAGCUCUUUCUCCCCCUACACACCGAGCUUUUCGGUACAUCUACCACGAGCAAGCCAGAUCCGGUCUGAUGAAUCUUCAAGAGACUCUCUCCGCGCCCUGCUUCAGCGCGCAUCACGAUCCGACGCACCCAGCCCUCGAGGAAUUCUUCUCGCACUUCCUCCACGUACACGUCCCUCUCCCUCUCUCUCUCUCUCUCUCUCUCUCUCUCUCUCUCUCUCUCUCUCUCUCUC